UGAGAGAUUCUUUGCGCUUAAAGGCACAAAAUAAAAGAUAUCAGCACAGAUGUUUUGCGGUUUGGAGAGUUUGUUUCCUGACAAGUAAGAGGAGGGUGGUGCUCGGAUUUUCACAUUUUUGUGAAUGGGGAUGGGUCGUGCGUAAAAAUCAGUUCAUCCUGUUCAAAAGAAGAGCUGUCAAUCUCCCACCCGGAGGCAGGUGGUGUUGGCUUUACCCGCGGACUUCUACUAUGACUUUGGGUCUGGACAUCAUGGAGGAUAUUGUUAUCGACGUCGUAGGAGAAGGGCUCAAAGACGGUGGAGAGGAGGAACUUUUACCUUUGGAUGAGUCGCGGAGCGAGCAGGACCGCAGCACGGAGUCUCCCAAUAGUCAGAGGAAAGACCGGGACGCCUGCAGCCCCGCGCCGGUGUGCUCUCCUCCUGCUAAAGCCAAAGGUCCCACGUCGGUGAAGCCUCCGUACUCAUACAUCGCACUGAUAACGAUGGCCAUCCUGCAGAGCCCAAAGAAACGGCUCACCCUCAGCGAGAUAUGUGACUUCAUCAGCCACCGCUUCGUGUAUUACCGGGAGAAAUUCCCCGCCUGGCAGAACUCUAUCAGACACAACCUGUCGCUGAAUGACUGCUUCGUCAAGAUGCCCAGAGAGCCCGGGAACCCCGGGAAGGGAAACUACUGGACUCUGGACCCCAACUCUUCGGACAUGUUUGAGAACGGGAGUUUCCUGCGGCGGAGGAAGCGCUUCAAGCGGCAGCAUUUUCGCUUCGACCCGCUGAAGGAGCAGCACCUGGAGCCGAGCGCACUGCACGGCUUCCCGCACGUCUCCUACGGGCUCGGAGCUCUGCAGCUGCCUAGCCUGGAGAUUUACCCCUACCUCCACCCUCAUGCGCCCUCGCCCUGCGGCCCUGCCACCGGCCCACCUGUCAGCAGCAUCUUACCGGCUCUCUCCAGCUUCUUCUCCCGCGGCGCCCUCACAACCAAGGCUUUCCUCCAGUCGCAGCCCGGCAUCGAGGCCUUCUCCCCGGGCCAGUGCACUGCCUACUCCUCUGCUCUGACCUCCAGCGCUGCCUACGCCUCCCCGGCGCUCUUCCACCCGGCAGCGUCCCCACAUUUCCUCAGUUUACACCAGGAGUAUCAGAAACUACAGACUCAGCGCGGCGUCGCGGACCUGGCCAAACACAGCAACACUGAAUAAUCCGGUGAACUCGGAUCCCGAACUCGUGUUUUCUCAGGUAACAGAGACAGUUUCAGCAGAAGCUCACAGUUUGUUCUUCGAUGGAAAAUAGAUUCAUCUGUUUUAGUAGAAACGUCAGACACACUCCUCCUUCCUCCUUCCUUC